CGUGCUGGUAAAUAGCUCUUCAGUUUCUGCCUAACUUGGAACUUUUGGUUCUGAUUAUUACAGAAAAAUGCCAGCAUCUGACUUUUCUUGGUCACCACAAAGGCAACCCCUGUGUCAUGGAAUUAAAAGAAAGCAUUCUGCUUUUUCACAGAGUGCCGAGUGUGAAAUGGAUAAAGAGGAUGGGGAACAACUUGCUUCUGUGAAAAGAAAGUGUAUCACACACACAACUGAUAUAAGCCUCGACAUGAACAAUAUGUUUGAAAUCAACCAUAAUGAUGAACAAUCUUAUGAUCUCAACAACUUCACGGACAAUAACAACUCAAACACUCCUAAUCUUAAUACAGUUCAUUGUGAUCAAGAGAUGAGACAGAGCUUUAUCCCUAUGGGGGCUCCUCCCCAGGGGUAUGGUGCUAAUCAGCUGGCCACAGUAUUUGUCCAGCAGUCCAAACUUACCUGUACUGUAAUAUCACAUAACCAGAGUCACACUCAACCUCAGCAGAUUGUUCAUCCUUUUGACAUGGGAGAAAUGAUAAUGGAUUUGAAUGAUGAGACCUACUCUACCACCCAGAUAGACAUCUGUAGGAGUGAGGAAUUGUCGUACACAGCUAUGGACUCCGAUUAUGUGCCUAACCCAGAGCAAUACCAGCUUAACAGGGGAAACAAUUCAUUUGGUGCACCUAUUGAACACAACUCGCACACUGUGAAGAGUUACUGCCGACCUCACUGGGACAAUCAAGAUCUCCGCCCAUAUAUCUCUGACUAUUAUUAGAAUCUCCAUACAGAAUCUCCCACCCAAGUCCAAAAUAUUUCAAUUCAAAUAGAUCUGUUGUUUUCAUAUACUUUUCAGCUUAUUACAAUUUUAGAUUUUGUAAAUAAUUUUGUGGAGUUUUAUAGUUUUAUAUUAAACAGUUUUAUGACUGGCUUGCACCUGUUUAUAAUACAUGUAUGUUUUUUUCCUGGAUGUAAAAAUUAUUUUUUUAU